GCGAGGCCACAAAAGUCCACUCCUUCCCCCCAACCAUCCCCACCACUCCUCCUCUCAAACCAACACAAACAAGAAGUGUUCAGAGACUUUAUCUUCUUCUCUACUCCUCUUCUCCUUCCUUUACACAGAAGAAGAAGAAGAAGAAGAAGACAAUAUCAACAAACGAACCCUGAUUUCACAACAAUGCAAUUCUGAUUUCUCCAUCUACUUCUUCUGCUACAGUUUCUCUGUGUUUUUCUGUCUAGUUAUUCAAUCUCCUCUCUCUGUUGAAUCGACAGAGAUAAUGGAAUCUCCAGAGUCAUCUUAUGUUUCAUCACCAGAAGCUCCAAGGAGAUCUGGAACAACAGGAACUAACAAUAAGUACCCUGUUUCAGAUGACAAGGAGAAGCCUUUCUACAUUAGAUUCCUAGUAUCCAAUUCAGCAGCUGGUUCAGUUAUCGGAAAGGGAGGCUCAACGAUUACUGAAUUCCAAUCAGAAUCUGGAGCAAGGAUUCAACUUUCACGCACUCAGGAAUUCUUUCCUGGAACAUCUGAUAGAAUUAUCAUGGUGUCUGGAGGAUUUGAUGAGAUAAUGAAGGCAAUGGAACUUAUUCUUGCCAAAUUACUCAGUGAGGCUCAUCAUGCUGAAGAGGAUGAAGAUGUCGACACUAGAUCUAAAGUGAGGAUCAUUGUUCCAAACAGCUCCUGUGGUGGCAUAAUUGGAAAAGGAGGAGCUACAAUCAAGUCUUUUAUUGAAGAUUCCCAAGCUGGGAUUAAGAUAUCCCCUCAGGAUCAUAACUUUAUGGGGUUGAAUGAUAGGCUAGUGACAUUGACUGGCUCUCUUGAGGAACAAAUGAGAGCAAUUUUCCUGAUCUUGUCAAAGCUAGCAGAAGAUACUCAUUACCCACAGCAAUCUGUAAAUGCUCCAUUUUCAUACGCAGGUGUCAAUCUCUCUGGUUCUCCCUAUGGAUAUUUUGCUCCUCCUGGUCGAGGAGGCCCAUACAACUCACAAAAUUAUGGACCAAAUGGCGCUGGAGGAAAGUUUCAGAAUAAUAAGCAUUCUGGUGAAUCACAGGAAGAUCGAAGCAACUCGGUGACAAUUGGUGUUUCAGAUGACCAUAUUGGUUUAGUUGUUGGCCGUGGUGGAAGGAAUCUACAGGAAAUCACUCAGGUUAGUGGGGCAAGGAUAAAGAUUUCGGACAGAGGUGAUUUCAUGGCUGGUACAACAGAGAGAAAGGUGACAAUCACAGGGUCACGUGCGGCAACACAUUCAGCCGAGAAUAUGAUCAGGCAAAAGGUUGCAUCUGCUACAGAGAGUUAAGCAAUUGGUUCCCUAAUUCACGACUUCUUGUAAUUUUCCCCGUUUUUGGUUUUGUUUGUUGUUUGAGAAUGUUUAUUUGUAAACUGAGCCUAGUUUUGCGAUUUAAAUUAUAUUUGGUUGAAUUUGGAGAUGGUACAAUAUUGUCUCCUUUUACCUCGUGUAAUUUUCUUUUUUGAUCGAUAAGAGAAAAUACAUAAUUAAAAGAAGUAAAGGGCAAACAGUUGGCUGAAUAUUGACCUGUAAAGUCUAAUGUUAUUGGUAAAAAAGUUGCAGCAGAUCCAGAUGCUGCUGAAUCU